GGAGAAGGACAAGGUUGACAUGAAGCCCCCCAUCAGCUCCACGCCCCUGCCGACGCCUAUCCAGACCAGCCCGGGCAGCCUUCACGGUCUGUUCCGCCUGCCCGCGUCUUCGCCCCAGUCGUUGUCUCCGGACGCCUCCCGAGUGUGUGGUUCAUUCACUAGCAUAACGCCCACGAGAAUCCAGAGACCCACGCCCAUCCAUGCAAACACCCCAUCCUUCGCCCAUGCACAAUCCCCGGUCACCAUGUACCCUUCAGUCGACGUGCACACGUCCCUGCAAGCACUCAUGCACGCCCAGUCCCCGAUCCUGUCGCCGCCUGCCAGCCUGUCCAUUCCGCGGUGCCGCUCGCCCCUGCCUGCCCAUGCUGAGUCUCCGGCAGCGCCCCUCUCGCCCAGGACUCAGGUUCACGGCUCCUUCAGCCCACCACAGCACCAGCAGAGCCCUUCCAUCCACUCCCACUCUCCCAUCCGAGCACAGACGCCUAAGAACGACCACCACGACUCCGGUGCGUCUUCGGGCUACGGAUCGCCCGGCCUGGAGGAGUCGCCGAGGUUAUACGCCUUCGAGCCCGCCCGUAGACCCAUGCGAGAGGAAGAGGAGGAGGAGGACGCGGGCGUUCCGAAAAGUGUGUCACUGUACCACCACGCCCACGUCGAAGGCGCGGGCGAGCAGGCCGAUGACGAGAUGGAAGUCGAUCAGGAAUAUGUGCCUAAGAAGCUCCGUGUUUCCAAGAAGUACAAAGACAUGAUGGGCUCCUGCAGUGACAUCCUGUAGAUGUGUGCUUGCCCAUGUAAAUAUAUAGUAUAAGAAUUGAGUGGAUUUCAUGCGUCGCGCAGACAUUUUAAAGGGAAAACAUUUAUCUACUAUUAAAAAAAAGUCAAAUGUGUGAAUAUUUUCGUGUGUAAGCAACAGAGCAAAGAAGUUGCACUGAUUAUAAAAAACAGCUUUAUUUUUGCUAACAAAUUCCCAAGAUAGUGUAUUAUUUUUGUACAUGUUUUAAGAUUCCGUGGAAGAGAAAACGAUUGUUUGAUAAGAUAAUCAAGUCCAGUGAAAUGUGUCAUGUUAGAAAAAAUGGACGCGAAGCAUUUGCUAUACGAUUAUACUCAUCUAGAUUUAUGAUAAAUAAAAUAUUGCAGACUCAGCUCAGCAUACCUUCUUUUCCUAUCUACAUUUUCAUCAUUUCCUUUUCUCGGUAUAAGGAUUGAUAUAAAUUGAAAUACGACAUAACUGAUGGAUUUAUUUAUUGCUGAAGUGCUUUGGUAUUCAUUGUCAAAUAUAUUUUUCGAUUACUUAUAUAUAGCAGUUUAUUUCCGAAGAACUGUUCUCCAUCACUAAGUUACAUUGUUGAGAAAAUGGACAACAAAAUCCCCCCCAAAACAGCACAAAAAAGUAGUAAUGAUAUUUGAAAUCAAAAUAACAGGAAAAA